UUCCCAUUCCCAUGGAAAACUCCGCAGGGUCGAUCAGCACGGAUUACUUUCAGGCCUACAUCUAUUCUUCGGCUAUUGACAACCUCUCCCUUUCCUCAGUGUGCACGACCGGAGCCCUCACUAGCGCUGCUAGUGGACAAUCAAACCCACACACCCUCCUCCAGACACACUCGCGUUUCUCAUUUCUUACUUCUAGUCUAAAUUAGACCGCCAGACGCAGUGACGGAGCUCGCAGACCGCGCACAAUUAGUUUGAAGUACUAGCGCUAGUUAAACGACCGCCAAAUCUGCAAAUUCAACAUGGAGUCCCCUCCAGAUCCAGCGAGCGACCCGGGCAACAGCGCCUCGGAGCCGGCUACCCCGGCCAGGGAAACCCCGGUAAACCUGGAGACGCUCCGGAAAGCGGAGCACCCGGCCCCGGUUCGAAGGCAGACGUGUUCCAGCACAAACCGAGGUAUCUCAGUAACAAAGAAGACGCAUACUUCUCAAAUCGAAAUAAUUCCCUGCAAGAUCUGUGGAGACAAAUCAUCAGGCAUCCAUUACGGCGUGAUAACAUGUGAAGGCUGUAAGGGCUUCUUCAGGAGGAGUCAGCAGAGCAAUGCAGCCUACUCCUGCCCCCGCCAGAAGAACUGCCUGAUCGACCGCACCAGCCGCAACCGCUGCCAGCACUGCCGGCUGCAGAAGUGCCUGGCGGUGGGGAUGUCACGAGAUGCGGUGAAGUUCGGCCGCAUGUCGAAGAAACAGCGAGACAGCCUGUACGCUGAGGUCCAGAAGCACCGGCUGCAGCAGCAGCAGCGUGACCACCAGCAGCAGCCCGGAGAGGCGGAGCCGCUCACGCCUACCUACGGCCUCUCAGCCAAUGGCCUCACCGAGCUCCACGACGACCUCAGCGGCUACAUGGAUGGUCACACCCCUGACGGCAGCAAACCGGACUCGGCGGUCAGCAGCUUCUACCUGGACAUCCAGCCGUCUCCUGACCAGUCAGGCCUGGACAUCAACGGCAUCAAGCCGGAGCCCAUCUGCGACUUUGCCCCCGGUUCUGGCUUCUUCCCGUACUGCUCCUUCACCAACGGAGAAACCUCCCCCACCGUGUCCAUGGCUGAACUAGAACACCUGGCCCAGAACAUCUCCAAGUCACACAUGGAGACAUGUCAGUACCUGAGGGAGGAGCUGCAGCAGAUGACCUGGCAGGCCUUCCUGCAGGAGGAGGUGGAGAGCUACCAGAGCAAGCCCCGGGAAGUCAUGUGGCAGCUGUGCGCUAUCAAAAUAACAGAGGCCAUUCAGUACGUGGUGGAGUUCGCCAAGCGCAUCGACGGCUUCAUGGAGCUGUGUCAGAACGAUCAGAUAGUGCUGCUGAAAGCAGGCUCUUUGGAAGUUGUGUUCGUCAGAAUGUGCCGUGCCUUCGACUCGCAAAACAACACAGUCUAUUUUGAUGGAAAGUAUGCCGGACCUGAUGUGUUCAAAUCAUUAGGCUGUGACGACUUGAUCAGCUCCGUCUUCGAGUUUGGGAAAAACUUGUGUUCUAUGCACCUGUCUGAGGAUGAGAUCGCCCUGUUCUCCGCCUUCGUGUUGAUGUCUGCUGACCGGUCUUGGCUCCAGGAGAAGGUGAAGGUGGAAAAACUCCAACAGAAGAUUCAGCUGGCCCUCCAGCACGUCCUGCAGAAGAACCACAGAGAGGAUGGCAUUCUUACAAAGUUGAUAUGCAAAGUGUCGACACUGCGAGCGCUGUGCAGUAGGCAUACAGAGAAGCUUACGGCUUUCAAAGCAAUAUAUCCAGACAUUGUGCGUGCCCACUUCCCCCCCUUAUACAAGGAGCUGUUUGGAUCAGACUUUGAGCAGUCCAUGCCCGUUGACGGGUAGCAGCCCUGCCAGGUGCCAGUGUGCCCACCGUAGGGGAAUGUGGAGGAGGAAUCUGAGACACUUUAUUGGUGCCCGGCACAAAACCAGAGCGGACAGAUGGCACGCUGUUCAACUUCUUCUUUUACUUUGAAGGGGAGGGCUUAGGGAGUUGAUUAUUAAGGUUUACUUUAUUGAGUUGAGUUCUCUUUUGGAAGGCUUGUGGGACCCGACACCCCGCGGGACAUGAAGAGGAGAUUGGGACAAAUGAUUUCUGUCUGGUUGAACUUGACCCUAUUUUGCGCAUUUCUAUGAUUCACUUUAUGUCAUCGUUUUCACCAGUAAUUUUGGCAUUGACCUGAUCAUUUGCCCGUACAAUUGACAAAGCACUUUUGGAAUAUAAAAAUAAUCCAAGACAUCAGUAUUAUUUUUCCGAUUACAUUUCCAAAACGGUUUUAGUAUUUUUCACAUUUAAAACUUAAAAUAUUCUUAUACCUUUCUCCCCAAACUGAAAUAAACAAAUGUGCACAUUUUGGUCAAGUUCAGCCUUUUUUUCUGUUGUGUUCAGUCGUACCUUUUGGAUGCCGUUCUUGGAAUGAAAACUCACAGCAACUUUGAGGGAGGGUCUGUCGGCAUGGUGAUGCAAUCGACACCUCUCUGUGGACAAUCGUUUUAAAAAAGAAAAAAGAAACACAUAGAAUUCUGGUAAUUCUAAUGAAAACGCAAUGAUUUUAGCUGUCAAAGACUCCAUCCUCCAUUGUUGCAUAGUGAAAUCAUGUAAGGCCAUCUGCUAUUAAUCCUUCUCUGGACAGGUGCCCUGGAGAAGCACAGGGCACCAACACAACGAAAAGGGUCCAUUCCACCUGUUUUAUAAUGUACUACAGGGUAUAUGGUCAUAAGUACUUACUAUACAGAAAAAAAUAAAUGUUUAUAGAAUCUAUUUUAAAUAACAUGUACGAUAUUAGUAGUUAGACCAUUCUUAAUUGUUGAAUUGAUAAGGCACUUUUAUUUACACCUUUCUUUAAUUUAAGACUUGUAUAUUUACCUAGUGAUGUGUUGCAUGUGCACAAGAAAUACAAGUGGAACCAUGGUCACAGAGGCUAGUCCUGGGGAGCUGCAGAGGAUGCCGGUGGGGGAGUGUGAGGGCCGUCUGUUAGGAAGGAUUGCUGGCGAGGCCGCCGCCGAGUGAACAAAGAGGCUUGGAUGAGAAGGCAGGUCAGAGGAGCUCCGUCGCCUUUUUACCCCCCUCAACGGACAGAAUUAACACACGCGACAACACACAAACUCUUUGGUGACGUUAAAGUGUCCAGUGGAUUUCUUGACCUAGAAGAAGAGAGAGAGACUAAGGAGGUGUUGGUUGGUGAGGCACAGGUAUUAUGUAAAGAAGGACACAAGAGAACAGAAAUUAAGCAACCCAGCCAGGCCGUAUGGACUGUAAUACAAUUGUUCCAUCUAGUGGAAAGUGAAGAUACAGCAAGCAGGUUGACAGCCUGACGACAAAGAUUUAACUUCUAACCUAAAAAGCACAUUCGUGGGCCGCUGUCCCAGCUUUCCCGAACGCUUUGCCGUUGUUUCUGAGCGACUUCAUCUGCCUUCUCGCCUCGGCCUCGGCCUCGGCAACGCCCCAACAGGACACGGGAGGAACAGCGAAGGGGAAAGGGAAUAUUCAAAGCCUUGUCUGGUAGUAAAGCUUCUAUUUUUGUAACAUGUUUUGGUUAAAAAAAAAACAACUCUUGAAAGAGAACGAGGGAGAGGAAAAGAUGUCAGGUAGCACUUAGCAACUAUAUCCCUGCAAUAAUUAGACUAGCUGUUGUUUGUACGAUUAGGGGAGAAACAUAAAAACGGUAGGACAAGUGCUAUUUUCAGAAUGCUUUGUUGUUGUGCUUCUGUUUUGUUGAGUGUGUCUUUCUUGUCAGUGUGGUAGUAAAGUGGUAGAAAAAAAAAAAAAACCUGGAUGUGCCAAACAGUAGUCGUUGCUUCCCCUUUCCAGUCUACUCGUCUGUAAUGUAGAAUGGAUUCCUAAGACAUUCCAGCGAUCUCAGUAGCGGCUUUUAGAAAUAUCUUUCAACCAAAAAAAAAAGAAGAAAAAAGAUCCAAAAAAAAAAAGAAAAGAAAAAAAUGAUAUCCCUUUAGAAACCCAACAAAGCAUGUUGAUACAUCUGUCACCAACCGUAACAUAGAAUCCAGUUGUUUGUCUUUUGUUUUCUGUUUGCACACUAUCAUUCCUCAGCCGUGCAAUUUGUACAAGGCGCUAACGCCUCGUGCUGUCACCCCUCAGGGAAGAGUUUCUUUCGCGCUUUCUGUUUGAGAGGACAUUUAUUUGUACUCAUUAGGUUUGUGUUGUGCUUUUUUUUUUUUGUCAGGGAUGUUGAGAUUUCUCAUUUGAAUAUUCAUCAAAAUUUUAAAUUAUCGACAUCAUCAAGGCCCCCCACCCGAGCCACUCGAAGACCACUGCGCCCCUUUGGUCAAGUUCAAUAAGUAAAAAAAAAAUCUCAUUUAUAUAAACAACAAAACCAUCAUUUUUAGAAGGCGCAAUUUUAUCAGCACACAGCAUAUUCCUGUCAAACAAACAAAAAAAAUCAGUUUUGGUUUCAAACGGUGUCAUCAGGGUCUUUAAAAAUGAUAACCCUCUUUGUUAGAAAAACCAAAUAUUCUUAUGCAAUACUAAAUCUGUUGUGUUUGGGUUGUAGUAGUUAUGCUGUACCGAAGUAAUAAUCUGUGUUUGGAUCCAAGGCGGUUUGGAUAUGCACAAGCCCUCUACGACUAGCACACCUCAGUCUCCCAGCAAAAGAAAAAAAAAAAAAAAAACA